AUGGAUAGCCUAUAUAGUGAUUUACCUCCCCCAGUUUCAAACAACAGCAAAAAGAUUGGAAAGAAUGAAAAUGAAAAUAAUUCAAAUGAAAACAAAAAAAAUAGUUAUAUAGAAAUAAAUAAAUUUCUGAUUACUCCAGCUAUUAUUCAAAAAAAAAUUGCAAAUAUAAAAAAUGCUAAUAAAGAAUUGGAUGGAGACAAAAUUAAUAAGAAUGAUGAGAUAAAAGGAAAUCGGAAGCAUAACAAUAUUAAUGCGGGUUAUGAUAGCUGUGAUAGUGACAUUUACAUCAAUCGUGAUGCAGGGAAUAAGGAGGAUGAUGCUGCUUACAAUUCUGGAGUCCCUAAUGAUAUGUCAGACAAAAAUGCAACGGAUGAAGAGGAACAUCGGGGGAAGAAGGGAGUAAAUAAUUCAAAGGAUAUAAGAAACGAGAAUACAGAUAUUGAAAAGAUUAUAAACAUAAACAAAUCUGUACAAGAUGACUUAAAAAAAAUCAGUGACAGAUUACAUAAAAUUCAACGAAGUAAUAAUAAGCUUGAGCCAAAUACCAAUGCAAAUAACAUGAACAAUCAGGAAAAGUUUGCAAAAAUGGAAAAAAUCAAAAGUAUUGAUAUAAACUUAAAAAAGGCAAAAUUAUAUGACCAUAAUAAUAGCAGUAACAGAAAUAAUACUUUUGCAGGAGAACAAACUAAUUUAUCGUCUGAAUAUUUUCAACCAGAACUGUACGAAAAAUACUUCAUAGGAAAUGCUAACGAAGAUUAUGACCCGAAUAAACCAAACGAUUUGAACAAAAUUAUAAAAGAAAGGAAGAGAAAAAAAAUAAUCAUGCUAGCUGCACAGAAGAAAAAGUUAGAAGAACAACAAAUUAUAGAAACAAACCAAAUGGACAAUAAAAAGGGGGUUAAAGAAUAUGAUAGGAAAAAAAACUAUUAUGGUUAUGACCAAAAGAAUAUCACUACUGUUACAAAUAAUUUCACAUUCGAUUCAGAACAUGCAAAUAAAAAUUUUACAAACUCUGGAAUAUCAUUACAUGAUGAGGAGCGAGAAAGGAACAACGGAUUAUAUAACCAAUACGAUAGAAAAGGAAGGAAAUUCGUAAAUAGAAGGGAAAAUAGCCAAACAAGAGAAGGCGAAAAGGAAACAUAUGGAUAUGAUGAUAAAGAAUAUGUAAAGGAUAUUAAAAAUAAUGAACAGUUUCACGAAAAUAGUUAUCAAAAUAAACUUUCAGAUACUAAUAACAAUGAUGGUAAAAGGGUAAAUAAAGAAACGUUAAAUAACAACAAUGACGGUGUAUCUGCCAUUCCUGCAAAAAAAGAUUUUGCAACAAGAAUGAUGGAAAAAAUGGGAUGGAAAAAGGGAGAAGGUUUAGGAAAAGACAAGCAAGGAAUCAAGGCUCCCCUAAUUCUUCAGAAGGUUGACAAAAGAAGUGGUGUAAUUGUGCAAGCACCAGAUAUUUUAAAAAAAAAUAAAUCCAGUGAAGGGAAUGAUGAGGGAAAUUCAGUUACAAAUUCGAAUGUCGAUUUAUUAUACUCAAAUCAUGCUCUAACUAAUAAUACAUCAAGAAUAAUCCGUCUCUCCAACUUAGUCACAAAGGACGACGUUGAUGAUUCUUUGAAGGAAGAAAUAGAAGAAGAGGCAUCAAAAUUUGGAAACUUACUUAACAUAAAUAUCAUUAUUGAUAAAAAUUUAAGUGAUGCCCAAGCUGUUAAAAUAUUUUGUGAGUAUGAAUCGAAUGAACAGGCACAAAAUGCUUUGAACACAUUCAGGGGUAGAACCUUCGCUGGUAGGAAAGUCGAAGCCAUCUUUGCUACGGAGGAGGAGUGUCAAUCCUAA